UGGGUUGACGUCCCUCUCUAGUCGCCACUCUUUCUCUAGUCACUGUGUGUUUGGAGGCGGAGGAUUAAACCCGGUCCGCCACCGUCUCAGUCGUUAGAAGAAAAAAAAAGACAAAUUAUAUAUUUCUGACACGGGAAGAGACGGACUUUCAUCCCCGGACGUUGGCGACGUGUUUUCAUUCACCACUCGCAGCCGAAUGAGAGGAGCUAAAGGGCGGACUGGAGCGGUGAGACUGGCUGGCUGGGAGGCUGCACAUCCGCCGCUUUCCUUCAAUACAGUUUGCCAUUGAUUUAUUUCCCAAGGCCCCCGCACACACACACACACAUCUCUCGGCUUCUUCCACCGGUUCCUGACUCUCUUUCGUGGGGCUGUUUGUCCGUGGGAAGCGUUAAAAGAGGGGGGGGACUACUACUCCUCCUCCACCUCCUCCUCCCUUUUUCUCUUUCAACUGGUCACAGGGAGACUCGGAGCCCACCACUGUUUCCUCUCAUCGACCAUUUAGCAGCAGCAGAAGAAGAAGAAGAAGAAGCAGAAGAAAAAAAGAGAAGAAGAAGAAGAAGAAGCCUCAAUGAUUGUGUUUUCUUCCCCUUUUAACCCGAAGACGAUGCUUUUGAAAGUGAACCGGUGACCGCUGUUGUUGUUUUAUUGUUUGUUAAAGGACCCAGGCGGUUUUUUACACAGAGAUGAUAGGGUAGCAUCAUCACAUCUGGGUGGGAUUGGGGGGGGGGGACGUGUGAAGCAAAGUGGAGGGGGUGUUUUUUAUUUUUUCUUCCUUCAGUGGAGGCUGGGCUGGUACCAACAACAACAGCAGACAGACAUGAGGUGGAUGUAGUAAACCAGUUUACUGUUUUUUUUGUUUUGUUUUUGUUUUUUUUGUUUUUUAUAUUUAAGCUGGAUCACUGUCUUGGUGAUCUGUGCUGCCUUCAAUGACAAUGAGGAUUGUAUGAGAAGAAGUGAAGGUCUGAUUUUUCUCCCAUACACUGGGCCUGGUGGGACUGACAGCCAGGGCUAAAUCUGGGGUUGUUUUUUGUUUUUUUUUGUUUUUUUGUUUUUGACCCAUUGUGAACACAAACCCACACUUUCAUCUUUCUCCUGCACGGCGCAAACGAAACGCACUCAGGGACGAAACAUGUCUUUACGCACGGCACUGCCUGGGAACGAGAGAAACCCGGACCAUCAUGCCUCCCUGUCGGCCAGCCGCUCAGAGAAAGGCACUGGCUGGUCGAGUCGCUCCCUCGGCGCCCGAUGUCGUAACUCCAUUGCCUUUUGUUCGGAUGAGCAGCCGCGCAUCGGCAACUACCGGCUGCUCAAGACCAUCGGCAAGGGAAACUUUGCCAAGGUCAAGCUGGCACGACACAUAUUGACCGGCAGAGAGGUUGCAAUAAAGAUCAUCGACAAAACACAGCUCAACCCGACCAGCCUGCAGAAGCUGUUUCGAGAGGUACGCAUCAUGAAAACUCUGAACCACCCCAACAUAGUCCAGUUAUUUGAGGUUAUUGAGACGGAAAAGACACUCUACCUGAUUAUGGAGUAUGCAAGCGGAGGUGAAGUGUUCGACUACCUCGUGGCUCAUGGCAGAAUGAAGGAGAAAGAGGCCAGAGCCAAGUUCAGACAGAUUGUCUCGGCGGUGCACUACUGUCAUCAGAAGAAUAUUGUUCACAGAGACUUGAAGGCGGAGAACUUGCUACUAGACGCUGACUCCAACAUCAAAAUAGCCGACUUUGGGUUCAGCAACGAGUUCACUGCAGGCAGUAAACUGGACACGUUCUGCGGCUCCCCGCCCUACGCCGCCCCGGAGCUCUUCCAGGGGAAGAAGUACGACGGUCCAGAGGUGGACAUCUGGAGCCUGGGCGUCAUCCUGUACACGCUGGUCAGCGGUUCGUUGCCCUUUGACGGCCAGAACCUAAAGGAGCUCCGGGAGCGUGUGUUGAGAGGGAAGUAUCGCGUGCCCUUCUACAUGUCCACGGACUGUGAGGGAAUUCUGCGCCGCUUCCUGGUCCUGAACCCCACCAAGAGAUGCUCCCUGGAGCAAAUAAUGAAAGAUAAAUGGAUUAACGUCGGCUACGACAGCGACGAGCUCAAGCCCCAUAUAGAGCCUGUGGAGGACUUCACAGACACCAGCCGCAUUGACGUGAUGGUUGGGAUGGGCUUCAACAGGGAAGACAUCAAAGACGCACUGGUCAGUCGCAAGUACAAUGAAAUCACUGCCACAUACUUGCUGCUGGGACGCAAGACCGAGACGGAUGUCACCGACUCCCGAUCAGGCAGCACCUUAAGUCUGGCUCGAGUCCGACACGGCACCAUCACCAACGGAACAAGCAAACACUCCACUUCCUCUUCCUCCUCUGGUGCAACGUCUUCCUCCUCCGGCCAUAAGGCCCAGCGCAGCGCCUCCACGUACCACCGCCAGAGACGACACUCCGACUUCUGUGGUCCAGCAGCUCCUGGGUCGGCGCAUCCCAAACGGAGCCCCAGUGGCGCGGGCGAGGGGGCGGGGCUUAAAGAGGAGCGCCUGUCGGUACGCAAGCCGAGCACCAGCACCGUGGGCUCCCGUAGCAUCCCGACCCCCUCCAGUCCCAUGGUUAGCUCCGCCCACAACCCAAAUAAAGCUGAGAUACCUGACCGACGCAAAGAGGUCAACUCGACUACGAAUAACAUCCCGGCCAGUGCCAUGACUCGAAGGAACACGUACGUGUGCACGGACCGAUCCGGCUCUGACAGACACUCCCUGCUGCAAAACGGCAAAGAAAACAGUACCUUAUCCCACCGCCUCCCCCCUGCCUCCCCCUCCACCCACAGCAUCGCCGGCGCCUCGGGAGUCUCCUCCUCGUCCUCCACUCCAUCCUCUCGUCUCUCCAGAGGAUCCACGGUGCGGAGCACGUUCCACGGAGGCCAGAUCAGAGACCGCCGGCCCCCCUCUCACGCCCCCCCGGCCUCCCCGACGCCGUCCCACGACGCCAGCCCGCUCCCCCACGCCAGGACCCGGGCCACCACCAACCUGCUGAGCAAGAUCACCUCCAAGCUGACCCGCAGGGUCACUCUUGACCCCUCUAAACGUCAGAGCUCAAACAAGUCCAUGUCGGGCUGCACCCUCCCACAGGGAACAAAAACAGUUAACGAACCUGAGAGAAUCAGCAGAUCUCCGGUCACAAGUCGCCAUCUAUCUGGGCAUCAGAAAGCGGCCGAGCCCCGGACCCCCCGAUGCGGCUGGGAUGUGAGGGUGCGGAGUCCUCGCGACCCGGCCGAGGUGGUGCUAGCGCUCCGCGAGGCGGCGCAGGGCUGCGGCUGCCAGGUCCACCUGGCCGGGCCUUUCCUGCUGUCCUGCACCCAUGGGGCAGCCGGCGCCCGCGUGGCCUUCGAGGCCGAGGUCUGCCAGCUGCCCAGCGGGCUGGGCCAGAGCAGCGGCGUCAGGUUCAAGCGCCUGUGGGGGGCACCGUUAGCCUUCAGAGACAUCGCCACCAAAGUGUCCAAGGAGCUGGAGCUCUGAGGGCGACCGGAGGUGGGGGGGGCGGGGGGGCGGAUCGAUGACGGACAGCGCAGGUUGAGGGAUGAGGAGGGAUGAAGAGGGGAGGAGGGGGGACGGAAACCAUCGCUUUCUUUCUUUCUUUCUUUCAUCCCUGGGCUCCGCCUCGUCUGAUGUGGCUAGCGAUGCCCCGCCUCCGCCAAAGACCCUCUUCUUCUUCUUCUUCUUCUUCUUCUUCUUCUUCUUCUGAUGCCACCAAUCACAGCCGGAUGCACAGACGGAUGCACAGCAGCGGACACGCCGCCGCCGUCCGUCGGCAGACUCACGAUGACCCUUGACCUUGGAGCUGUCAGUGACCUACGACCCCUUUGCUUAACACACCCCCCCCCCCCCUCGCCCCCCUCAUCUCCACCGUAAAAUGAGCCCAUGGAGUCAAAACUGUUUUCGUUUUUUCACCAUUUCAUGUUUUGAUGAUGAUAAGGAUGUUGCUGAGAAUGGUGAAGAUUGAGUCGUUGUUUGUCGUCGUUGCUGUUGUUGUUGUUGUUGUUGACAUAUUCCUAUUGUAUAUUUGUCACCAUUCCUUUUUAAAGAGCUGCUAUUUAAAGAAAUGUUUUAAUUUUUAUUUUUUUUUGGUGUAUUUUAAGUAAGUUUAUUUUCUUUCUUUAAUGCUUUGAAAACGGGCAGAUUAUGUGACAUGAGUUGUUAUUAUCUGGUAGAAGACGUCGCGUCGUUUAAGCGUCGAGGACGCAGUCUGUCCUCCGGCCUCUAGGGGGAGACAUGCAGAAAUGCAGAGACUUGUGACGGACCAAAUGAGAACAUUAAGCGUCGCAGAAUUUCUGCCCAACCAUUUAAAAAUAAAACAAAAACAAAAUAAAAAACGUGUUUCUGCUCAUUUGGGAUUUCGUCGUGUGAGCGCUGAACGUCGACAGACGAGUCGCUCCUUAAAAAAACAAAACUAAAAUUACAUUUUAAUUGUAAAAGUUCCAAAGGAUUUCUUACUUAAAAUCACAAGUCUUAUCACAACCUCUCCCUUUUUUCCCCUUUUAGUUUCUGUGCCACUUCACGUCCUCUACUCCGCAAGUUUAGUUUACUGCAAAUAUGCCAAGAGUAGUUUAACUUAAAGCCAAUGUUACAUUCAACUAAAAGCUUAUUUUCCAAACGCGUCUGACGUAAAGAUGACAUUUAAAAGUUCAUUCAUCCCCCUCCACCUCAUAAUUACUUCAGUCUGUGUUGGUUCAGAGUAUUUGGAGGAUGUUUUAUUCCUCUUCUAGUAGCACUUUGACAUAACGAUAUAUCACAGACUGUCAGAAAAACCAUUGCUUUUCUAGUGCAAUACAGCCACAAAGCCAAGACUUGAAUUAGCAGUGAUUAAGACUUAAUAGGGCUCCUCGUCUCUUUUAUUUUCUAUUUUUUUUAUAUAUAUAUAUAUUUCUAGUAUGUUGUUGAAAUUAAUUGAGCACUUUUUUUUUGCUGUUUAGCCAGUAUUUCACUCUACUUUACUGGAUUUUUUUUUUAAAUUUAUUUUUAUUUUUUAUUUGUUUUUUGUUUUUUUUUCUGUAGCGCACACGUCAUGCUCCAUGAUGAGAAUAAAUUGCAGCCUGAAUGCCUUUCUUCUUCUUCUCGCUCUACUGCUCGUAUAUACCUACCUUAUCUCCGCUGGCUUCUAGCUCGUCCCGUAGUGAAACCAGCUGUGACGACUCUUCAGGUGUCCCGUAACAAAAAAAAAACAAAAAAACGUGCCAUUCGGUUUUUAGUGACGUCCUGUUAGAAGGUAACUGUGGUACAAAUGAAGUUUUUUUUUUUUUUUUAUCUGUAAACCAAAAUUUCUCAUGAACAGUUCACGGUGUCUCAUAAAAAAGUUGUUAUUAUUUGAGUUGUAUUUGUUUUUGUUGUUCCUGUGAGAAACAAACCUUUCCCUCUGCUGAAAGACUGUUGACCAAUCAGAUUUGAGUAUUGCUGUUAAGAGGUUUAUGACUGUUAACCAAUCAGACUUCUGCCUCUUUGAGCCAACGUGACGUCGAAUGAUUAUUAUUUUUUUUAAAUAAAUGUUCUUCACAGUUCAAAGUUACCAACAUUCAGCUAAUAUACGCACACAGAGUCCUCCAAGUGCUACCAUUUUUAUUUUUUAUUAUUAUUAUUAUUAUUAUUUUACAUUGACACUGACAACUCCAAAUUCAAGCGGUUGUUUACUUGUAUUGUUUCCUCUAUAAAAGCCAAGCAGUUAUAACUUCUGAAGUAUGCAGCAUCUAACAAGACACUUGAUUCGAAAAAACGUCUCAACGCUACAACACAAACGUGUGAUCGUUCUAUGGGAGAUUUCUGCUGCAGCAGGUGUCCACCACUGUUUGAAAAUGUGAAGCUGUGAUUUUAGGGCUAGUGUCUUUUUUUUUGUUUUGUACAACCUUGGCCUUGCCCCCGACCCCGACCUCCACCUCCACACCCUCCACCCCUCCCUGGUCGCCCCCCCCGCCCCCCCGCCCCGCCCCAGGAGGCCCGUUCUCUAGAUACAGUUAGGGCCGUGCUUUAAGGCUGCAGUUCUGUUGUAUAGUGUGUUUGAAGCCGUCGCUGUUAUCAAUAAAACUUAACUUAUGGGCUGAAAUUUACAGAAAUGAUCGACCUGCAAUCCUGCAUGUCUCCUAGGAAAUAAUGUGUGACACAAAAAUAAAGACUUUCAACCUCUUUCAUA